ACGACUGUAAACUUGGUUGGUGCUUCAAUUUGUGGCUGCCAGCUAAGAGCUUCGCUUCGGAAGUGCGGAAAGACUCGCGACUUCUGGGUCUACGAAUACGAAUUUUCCCGAAUAAAAAAAAGCGCGCUUUAACAUAAAAAAAUAAAUGAACAAAACAUUUAAACUGCCAAUUUUAAAGUUUUAGCUUAAAAAACACAUUUGAUUUUUUGUUUUCUGUGUGGAGUGAUUUUGGCUUACUUUUGGAAUUCUACGGAGAGCCUAAAAAAGUGCUGAGAGUGCAACCGUUGCACCUGUCUUCUGUCUCACCUGAGCGCUUCAAGCCACAAAAGUGUAAAGUGCAGCGCGUCUUUUUUUUUAGCCUUAGUUGGAGUUUAUUUUUUAUCUUCGUGUUCUGUUUUUUUUUUUUUUUGGAUUUUUUUUGGUUGGCUUGCGCUUUUUUGCAGUUUUUUGCAAAUAUUCAGCAAUAAUUGCGUGUGUGUGCCUGUGUGUUGUUGUUUUUAUUACUUUUGCCGCGCUCUAAUUGCCAAGAUUCGAGUGUUUGGCUGGAGAUUCUUCCACCGCCUGCGUCUUCAUCGCCUCUUCAGCUCAACAUUCUUCUGGGACUUCCACACCGCAAAUGAGAUCCCUUUAAAAUGAUGACGAUGUCGGCGUCCUCUGUCUCUGCCGCCACCUCGGUCACCGGCUCCGGCUCUGCCUCCGUCUCCACGUCGACGGACUGCAGCAGCAGCAUGCAGGGCUCCACGACCAGCUCGGCCUCCAGCGACGUCAUGACCCUGACCACCACAGCCGCCUCCUCGUGGUGCGCCAUCCCGGCCAGCUCCCGGCUGCGUGUCCUCCGGCUGGUGCGUCCCCAUCAGCGUCGCCUCCUCGUCGGCGGCCCGGAACGGGGCAGCACGUAUGGAUUUGCGGUGCGAGGGGGACGGGAGCACGGCACUGGGUUCUUCGUCUCCCACGUGGAGCACGGGGGCGAGGCGCAGCUGAAGGGUCUGCGGAUUGGUGAUCAGAUACUGCGCAUCAAUGGCUUCCGACUGGACGACGCGGUGCACAAGGAGUUCAUCCAACUGGUGGCCAGCCAGGACCGGGUGACCAUGAAGGUGCGCGGUGUAGGCAUGCUGCCGGUCAGAGACCAACCCGAGGAGCGCCUGUCCUGGAGCGUCGUGAAGCUGCCCAGCGUGAGUGGCACGCCCUCGGAGAGCUCCUUCAAGGGCGUGGAGAGGGGGCGCAGCCUGGGCAGCAGUGGCGGUGGCAGUCGGGACAUCAAUGUGGUCCUCCACGUGGCUCCCCGGACCAAGCUGGGCCUGGGCAUAUGCAAGGGACCCGAAUGGAAGCCGGGCAUCUUCGUCCAGUUCACCAAGGAGCGGAGUGUGGCGCGGGAGGCGGGUCUCCGGCCGGGCGACCAGAUCCUCAGCGUCAACAGCAUCGACUUCUCGGACGUGCUCUUCUCGGAGGCGGUGGCCGUGAUGAAGAGCAGCAGCAAGCUGGACAUGGUGGUGCGGACGGCGGCCGGAUGCGAUCUGUUUCCGGGCGAGUCCAGUGGCUACAACAGCUCCGCCAGCUCGGUGACCGGCGACCAGAGUCCCUGCUGGGCGGACGCCAAGUCCAAGCGACUGACAGCUGUCAGGGAGGAGUCUGGCAAUGGAGGUUCUCCGGCCGGCAAUGGGAACUGGUCACAAAACGUCCAAGUCCACAAGCAGAUGAACAAAACGAUCAUCAAACUGACGGAGAAUGGUACUUCCAUCAACAAUACUUACAUCGCCAGUGCGGGCUUUGUUUCCGGUGCUGGUUCUGGUUCCGGCACCGUUUCCGGUUCGGGCUCUAGCUCCGUAUCCGGUUCCGGUUCCUCUUCGCGCAGCCAGUCGGUGUCUCGCAGCACCACCAUGAAACGCACUCACCUGCGACCAGUCAGCUCAGCAGGAUCCGGAUCCAUCAGCAGAUCUGCAGCAGGCUCUGGCCUAGUAUCUGGAUCUGGAUCUGGGUCUGGAGCUCCUGUUCCACCACCUCCUGCCAUGAUGGAUGGAGCAGCCACUGGCAAUAGUGGCAUCAACGGCAGCAGUCUCUCCAGUGCCAUAAACGAGGAGCUCAAGAAACGCAAAGAGAAACAGCAACAGCAGCGCAACAAUAACCGAGACAGAGAACGCGAUGGCAGUGGGAUUACCAAUGGAAAUGGUAAUGGAAGUGGACAUGGACAUGGACAUGGCACUGGAGGCCACCACCAUCGGAGCUCCAACGCGAAUGGCUCAGUUCCACACCGCCAGAGAAGCAAUCUGGCCUCGCCGGGCAGCGGCAGCGAUCGCAUCAGCCACAAUACCCUGGGAGCCGGUGGAGGAGGAGGUGGAGGUGGAGGUGCUAAUGGCGCCACUGGAGGAGCAGCAGGUGCCGACCAGCAUACGGCGCUGAUGGAUGAAUUCAAGCGGGCUCACCAACGAAUGUUCAGGAACGGGUUCCAUGAGAGCGAGCACAAGGAACGAGGUGAGACGCUAAAACGCACCUCGAUUAUGCCCGACGAUAGCAGCUAUCGCAGUAUCAAUAGCAACGCUGUUGCCAACAAUGCUCUUACCAACAACCACAACAACCACAACAACCACACCAGCCACAGUCGCCUGCCACAGAACGGAGCCAAGCUGGCGAACGGAAAUGGCGGCAGCGCCAAUGGAUCGCCGGAACUUCCGCCCCCGCCACCACAGUUCGCCAAUCCGCAGCCAAAGCAACUGCCGGCCAAGCUAAUAACCGGAAAUGGAGCAGCGAAUGGAAGCGGAAACGGAAACGGAAAUGGGAAUGGCAAUGUACCGGGCAAUGGCGGCUUGGCGAAGGUCAAGCAGCCCAUGUCGCCCAUGAGGAGUGCCAGCAUUAGUGUCGGUGGCUUCCGACCUCCCAUCUCCCCCCAGCCCGACUACGAUGCCGUUCAACUGCGUGGGAACAGUGGAGCCUCCGGAUCCAGUGCAUCCAGUCAGCAGCAGCAGCAGCAAAGGAGAACUCUGCGGCUUGGUACAGUGACCAUUGGGGAGUACGGCGAUCAGAGGACCGGAAAACGAGAAACUCUACGAAAAAUGAACGGAGAGGCCGGCUCGAAUGGCAUCCUGAAAAACGGAAACCAGAGGAGCAGUGCCAGCUUCAAUCAUGGAACCAACCAGCAUCCCGAAAAGUCCAUCAAGUUUGGAAACUAAGCUCUGAGGAUACAUCUUUUGUGCAAUAUAUUAAAAAACGAAAUAAUAAGACGAGAGGAGAGUACAAAAUCGGACUUGCAGCGGCAUAUAAUAUCUUAUAACACCUAUCAUAUUCACAUCUUUUUUUUUUGCUCUACACAUCUAAUUAUUUCCAUAUAUUUAAUUGUACUUUUGUUGAAAAUAUAGCAUCGCUAGUUUCUAUUAUUUAAUAAACACCAGCCUGUAAAUAACCCACAA